ACCCGCCGCUGCUGCAUCACGCUGGUGACGUCACUCCGGAGUGAAAUUAGCUUCUCGACUAGCAGCGGCUGAGCUGAGACGUUAGCACCUCCGUUACCGGGUUUUUUUUUAAACUAAACGUAAACGGUGAAGCAUGGCCGGCAGCGCGGGAGAGUGGUGCCUGAUGGAGAGUGACCCCGGAGUGUUCACGGAGCUCAUCAAAGGUUUCGGUUGCAAAGGCGCCCAGGUUGAAGAGAUCUGGAGCAUGGAGCCGGAGAACUUUGACAACUUGAAACCAGUCCACGGGCUGAUCUUCCUCUUCAAGUGGCAGCCAGGUGAGGAGCCAGCAGGGUCGAUCGUUCAGGAUUCAAGGCUGGACCACAUCUUCUUUGCUAAACAGGUCAUUAACAACGCCUGUGCCACCCAGGCAAUCGUCAGCGUUCUGCUCAACUGCUCCCAUUCUGACAUGUUGCUCGGCGACACGCUGACGGAGUUCAGAGAGUUCUCGCAGAGUUUCGACGCUGCUAUGAAAGGUUUGGCUCUCAGCAACUCCGAAGUCAUCCGGCAAGUUCACAACGGCUUUGCCAGACAGCAAAUGUUUGAAUUUGAUGCAAAGUCGUCAGCAAAGGACGAGGACGCCUUUCACUUUGUGAGCUACGUCCCCGUAAACGGUCGGCUAUACGAGUUGGACGGACUUCGGGAAGGACCAAUUGACCUGGGUGCGUGCAACCAGGAUGACUGGAUCAGCGCAGUCCGCCCGGUGAUAGAGAAAAGAAUACAGAAGUACAGCGAAGGAGAGAUCCGAUUCAACUUAAUGGCCAUUGUGUCAGACAGAAAGAUGAUAUAUGAGAGAAAAAUUGCAGAGCUCCAGACUCAGCUCACUGAGGAUGAACCAAUGGACACAGACCAGAGCAGCACGUUUCUUAGCUCCAUCCAAUCAGAGAUCGCCAAGUACCAGCUCCUUAUCGAAGAGGAAAAUCAGAAACUUAAAAGAUAUAAGAUCGAAAACAUCCGACGAAAGCACAACUACCUUCCCUUCAUCAUGGAGCUACUGAAGACGCUGGCAGAGUGCCAGCAGUUAAUACCUUUGGUGGAGAAGGCGAAGGAGAAACAGAGCGCCAAAAAAGCCCAGGAGGCCAAGUAAACAAUGACAACACACCUGAACAAAGAAGCCAACACACACACCCACACACACAUCCAGAAUCCAGUCACUCUUUCAUCACUGAGCCACAUACAGAUACUGUACAUCAUCUGUCAUAUUCAUAUUAAAGACCACGGAUGGUCUGCGGCACGUCGCCGCCGUCGCAUCACGUCGAAACCAUCCAGACCUUAAGAAGUGCACUGCAGGUGUAGCAGAGAGAGACUGUCCAUGUGUGUGUCCAUCAGCUCUAAUGCAUGAUAGAAGGAAAGAUGUGCUCAGAUUAUGUUCUGUCUUAUUUUCAUAAUAAAAUGCCUAGAUGUUUGUGAA